CAAACUAGAAUGUGCCAGAAGGAGCUGCUGCUGUUGUUUAUCGCUUCUUCCACUUUUCCUGUUUUUUUCUGAUUCUGACAACACAUGGAAACACCUCAACUCAGUGCACAGAGUCUUUUGCGUGUAGCUUAGAGUAAAAAGCUGCAGAGUUAACCAACUAUACGAGCAGGUUGAUUCAGGCUGAAGAAAAUGUGCACCAAAAGUGAGUUUCCUUCGGCAAACUGGAUCUACACGAAGAUAAAACACCGGGGGAAAGUUUCUAAGCGGAUAUAAAGCCUGUAUUAUCGCUGGAGGACUCCUCGGUGAGGAGGAGGCUGGGCCGACAUGAGGCUGUUUGACCGGGGGAUGAUGAUGCUGCUGACCACAGCCGGAGCUUUCUGCGCAUUCAGCCUCAUGACCAUCGCGGUGGGCACGGACUACUGGCUGUACUCCCGUGGGGUGUGCCGCUCCAAGAACCUGAACGACAACGAGACGGUCCGCAAGAACGAGGAGGUGCUGACCCACUCCGGCCUGUGGAGGACCUGCUGCACCGAGGGGUCUUUUCGGGGCGUUUGCAAAGACAUUGAUCACUUUGCUGAGGAUGGAGACUAUCAGCAGGAUGCUACAGAAUAUUUACUACGAGUAGUUCGAGCCUCCAGCCUCUUCCCUAUCCUCAGUGUGGGAUUAUUAUUUCUCGGAGGUGUGUGUGUAGCGGCCAGCGAGUUCUACAAGUCACGAUACAACGUCAUCCUCUGUGCGGGUUUACUCUUUGUCUCUGCAGGUCUCAGUAACAUUAUUGGCAUUAUUGUGUACAUAUCAGCCAACUCAGGGGACCCCAGCCAGAGCGACAACAAGAAGAGCUACUCCUACGGCUGGUCUUUUUAUUUUGGGGCUCUGUCCUUCGUGCUGGCUGAGGUGGUGGGCGUCCUUGCAGUGCACGUGUUCAUAGAAAAACACCGACAACUGCGCACCAAAGGCCGGCCGUCCAUCAAGAAGCCGCCCAUUUCUCGCAGCUCGUCUUACCUCCGCAACCGUUACUACCAGAGACGCUCCAGCAGAUACAGCUGCAGGAGCGCCCAGAGUGCACGGGACUCCAUCUCACACUCCUUCAGAGCGUCCUUAAUGCGAGAUCGGGAGCCGUCCAUCUGUGCUGAAUCCAAAUCCAUGGCAGGUUUACCCAUAGCGGACUCAGAGUUCUUGAUCUACUCCUUAAACUCGUCUCUCAAGGACGAUAAGAUGGACAUGGCUGUGGAUGAUUUGACUUCUCUGGCUUCCCUCAACAACACAGAGAUGCUGCCUGAAAACUGUGCUUCCAAUAGAAGGACAACUCCUGUGUGAGAGGAGAGGAAGUGAAGGAUGUACAGAGAUGAAACACAAGAGGAAUUUUCCUGGGACGAGAACAUUAAGAGAAAGUCCUCUCACUUUUGUUUUGAGGAAACAGAAAAGGCUUUAGAGACCAAAAUAGGCUGGCAUAGACUUAUCUGUCAGAAAAUUGUGAAAUCACAGUUCUCAGAGCCCAGCAUGACAUCCACAAAAUGUCCUGUCUGACUAGUUGACAACAACUUAUAUUCAUUUUACAAAAUGUUCUUUGUCUAUGCUAUUACAGUAGCUAUAUCCACAGUGUAUAGGCUAUGUAGUGUGUGUGCUAAUAAAUGGGUGUAAUAUUAUGAACGUAUGUAUGUGACAGACAGUCAUGCCGAGAGAGACGAAGAGAAGGAGCUGUUUUUGAAAUAAGAAACUAUCAGAUAGAAAUGACAGGACACAUACAUCUGGGAAUGACAUACUAAGUCCUGUUCCUGUCCUGCUUUUUGUGGACCUUAGAUCAAAAGGGAAAACGUAAUCAAAUACAUUGAUCUCUCUCCAGCUGUCUCUCACGGUUUGUAGGUUUGAGUGUAUUGUGUCUACUGUCAGCUAAACGUGUUGCCCUUAUUACAGUUUUGUCAUCAAGUCUUUGUUUACAUUAAAUAAAGCUUAUAAAUUAAGA